UCCUCUUCCUUAAAGUUUUUAAACUCGCUGUUCUAUUCUAUUCUGCUGGAGGAAAGUUGAAAUAGGGAAAUAAAAAACAAUGGAAGCAAAAUUAGGCAAAUUCUUCGAGUCCGUGAGCACUUUCUUCACUGGCGCCGAUCAGAUCCCCUGGUGCGACCGCGACAUAGUCGCUGGAUGUGAGCAAGAGGUGAUUGAAGCUCACAAAGGUUCCUCUGAUGAGUUUAAGAAUGAAUGCAUUAUGCGUUUGUCGUGGGCUCUUGUGCAUUCAAGACAACCAGAAGAUGUACAUCGGGGCAUGGCAAUGCUGGAAUCUUCUAUUGGCGGCACUACCAGCCCUGAGAAAUUAAGAGAGAAGCUUUAUCUUCUUGCUGUUGGGUAUUACAGAAGUGGUGACUAUUCAAAAAGCAGGGAGCUGGUGGAGGAAUGUUUGAAGAUUGAACCUGACUGGAGGCAGGCUCAGUCCCUUAAGAAAGCAAUUGAAGACCAGAUAAAAAAAGAUGGUAUAAUUGGCAUAGGCAUUGCUGCUACAGCUGUGGGACUGCUUGCUGGUGGGUUAGCUGCAGCUUUCGCACGAAGGAACUGAUUCCGUCUUUGAUAACUGUUGAUAUGUAGAUGAAAUCCCCUAAGAUGACAUGCUUGAUCCAGGAACUUGAACAAAAUAUCAGUCCAAUAUAUUGUUCAUUUGUUCUUUGCAAUAAUGUACAUUAGAGAAUGCUGGAGAGGUUUCUCGUCUUUUUUUUUUUUUUUUUUUUUUUUU